CAAAGUACCAUUCCAUCAUGCCUGCUCCGUUGAUUUUCAUAACCGGUGCUACCGGUUUUAUUGGCAGUGCCACGGCUGUUCACGCUCUCAAGUCCGGAUACCGACUUCGAAUUGUCGUUCGCCGAAAGUCCGAGAAACUUGAAUCAUUGUUGUCAGAGUACCGCGAGCAACUGGAAUUUGUCAUCGUUCCAGAUCUCACGGAGGAGGCUGCGUUUCGAGGGAAGCUUGAUGGAGUGGACUAUGUCCUCCACCUAGCGUCGCCUCUUGCCAACGGCACCGACAAGGAAGCUUUUUUUCCCCCCGCAGUGAAAGGAACACUGGCCGUACUCAAGGAGGCAGCUAAGGUUCCAGGCAUCAAGAAGGUGGUGGUCACUUCAUCUAUCGCCUCCUUGAUUCCUCUUACUGGACUUCCCGACGGUGGGCUCAUUAGAGAGGAUAACGACUGGGAUUUCGCCGUGGAUGCCACAGCAGAUUUUGUUGAUCCCAGUAAUCCCGCGGCAACACCGAUGACUCUGUACCGAGCGUCCAAGCUGCUUGCGAACAACGCGACAUGGGAAUUUUGGAGGACAGAAAACCCGCAGUACUCACUGGUGACUCUUCAUCCGUCCUUUGUCUUCGGGCACAAUCUCGUGCAAUCUGCCGCCAAGGAGAUUGAAGCAGGAUCCAAUGGAAUCAUCUGGGGUAGUGUGAUGGGCGGCGUCCCACUUGGAGGCAUCACGGGUGUGCACGUCCAAAAUGUUGCCGAGGCCCACAUCAAGGCGUUAGACCCGAAGAUCAAGAAUGGUACCAAGUACCUGCUCUCUGGACCGCCAACAACAUGGAAAGAGGUCGCUCGAAUUGCGCACGAGUUCUACCCCAAUGUUGGUGUCAAGCUUACAGAGCGCGCUGAAGGUGCCUCUGUGCCGACUGAUACCACCAAAGCCGAAGUUGAACUGGGAAUGCAAUGGCGGUCUUGGGAGGAGAUGGUGCGCAACGUGAUGGACCAGCAAUUGGGCUUCCUUUAAGACCGAGCCAUGAAGAGCCUGGAACUG